UAAUCUGGUAACCCUAUGUUUUAUUUUUAAUAUUUUUAUUUCUUACCUCUUUACAUACCUUUUUAUCUACGUUCAACCGUUCAAUCAUCGUCUCUGGUUCCCCAAUUCAACACAAGGGAAUUGAAAAAGGAAAAGAAAAAAAGAGUCGCCUGCCGUCAGCUCUCAGGACAUCAGUCAUCACUUAUCGUUUAGGUAUCGUUGUACCUAAGUACCCUUGUGGCCUAAAAUCAUUCAAGGUUCCUCUGUGUGUCUUGUCUUGUCAUUCGAAGGUGACACAGGCAUCCCCGCCUUUCAAGGUUCCUGUCCCAGGUCCUCGAUUCUCCGCCGACCGACCUAUCGGAUACCCUGCCUCUACGGAGUACAUCAUUUACAUCCACUUUGACGUCCAGGUCCCGACCUAAGCCUUGGUCGUUUCCAGAGACACGCGAACUUUCUAACUGGUCUUCUCUUCGACUUCAUUCACGCCUGUUGCCUCGUGCAUCUUUACCCCCUUUUCCAUCAACGAACCACCAUCUUUUAUCAUCCACACCCACCCUAUAUGUGUACAUGACGAAUACUCGAGCUACCGAUUCCGUCCCGAUUCCCUUAUAAGCCCCCGGGCUGCAUUAACCACAGCUUCCUGUCAUAGCUUAAUCCACACAGGAAGUCAUGGCUGAUCCUCGAGCGCCUUCGGGCUCGUCCUCUCGUCGUGGGAGGGCUGCCGAUGAUGUCGUUGGUCAGUUCAUUAUUGGUUCUGAGAUAGGUAAAGGUAGCUUUGCCCAAGUAUAUAGGGGCAGACAUAAGGUAUCCGGUGCUUUAGUCGCUGUCAAAUCCGUCGAGCUCGGACGAUUGAACAAGAAGCUGAAGGAGAACCUAUAUAGCGAAAUCAAGAUCCUGAAGAAGCUUCGACAUCCACACAUCGUCGCCCUCCAUGACUGCGUCGAAUCCUCUACCCACAUUAACCUCAUGAUGGAAUACUGUGAAUUGGGUGACUUAUCAUUGUUUAUUAAAAGGAGAGACAAGCUGAUCACGCACCCUGCUACAUGCGAUAUGGCUCGAAAGUAUCCUAGCGUCCCCGGCGCUGGACUCCACGAAGUAGUUAUCCGACAUUUCCUCAAGCAACUCGCGAGCGCCCUACAAUUUCUUCGAGAAGGCAACUUCGUCCAUCGGGACAUUAAACCCCAGAACCUCUUACUGCUUCCAUCUGUCCUACACAGAGAAAUGGAUAAGGAUAGACAUCCGAUCCUUAGCGCUAGUCACGAUUCGUUAAUACCGGCUGUUGGGUUACGAUCGCUACCGAUGUUGAAGCUAGCUGAUUUCGGCUUCGCCCGAGUCCUACCAUCCACCUCCCUAGCUGAGACGUUAUGCGGGUCUCCUCUUUACAUGGCCCCCGAAAUCCUCCGCUAUGAGCGAUACGAUGCCAAGGCAGACUUGUGGUCUGUUGGAACCGUCGCAUACGAAAUGAUUUGUGGCAAACCACCAUUCCGAGCUAGCAAUCAUGUUGAACUGCUAAGAAAAAUCGAAAGUUCGGAUGCCCAGAUCAAGUUCGGAAAUCAAUGCCAAGUAAGCGCGGAUCUCAAGUCUAUGAUUCGCGCGCUUCUGAAGCGCGCCCCAGUUGAAAGGUUAAGCUUCGAGGAUUUUUUUAGCCAUCGUGUCAUUGCAGACGAAAUACCCGGUUUAGUUGAGGACGAUAUACCUCGGAUCCAGAGACAGCCAUCAAGAGAUGUACGGCCUACCUCGAGGACCGAAGACUCUGACUUAAUCCCGCGACGUGUGCCAUCUCAUCGCCGCUACGGCACUGAUGCAGAUGCGGUGCGUCAGGGUGCCGGUUCUCCCUCGCCUCGCGAGAGACCGCUUAAGCCGUCACCCCUAUCUUCUCCAACUGAAUUUAGUCCGUAUCCGCAGCAUCAAGAUGUCUCGCACGCCGUUGAAUCUCCUCGAGAUGAUAUUGCUCCGGGUCUCGGGAUCCGGCGACCACAACCGGUACCGUCCACGUCGGCGCCCGCUCGACCAGAUUUGGCUGAAGCCCGCCGGAGGCGGGUACCAUCCAAUGCUUCACUCAACAGAUAUUCUCACGGCCAAUCGCCUCCGCAUGAAGAAGUCGGAAGGGGUAAGGGUAGGUCAGACCGUUCUGCGAUAGCUGAACGAGAAAGAGCUGCCCAAGAAAUUGCCUUUGAGCGAGAUUACGUGGUAGUAGAGAAAAAGCACGUUGAGGUUAAUGCAUUCGCCGAUGAAUUGGCUGCGAAAGGAGCGCAAGCGCAAGCAUCGUCUCCCAGAUCAGGACAAAUCACACGUCGCGCCACCCAACAGGGUGUCCCAACAUCGACGACGGGUGCAAUCCCCGCCCAGCCUUCCAAUGCUCUUCAAAUCGCCCAGGGUAGACAGCGACCUGAGCACUACCGCCGAGGUUCGUAUGAUAGGAACGCGGGUGCUGUGUCCAGCAGUCCUGGUUCUACAACAUCUGCCAUUUACAAUGCGAUUUCCGAUGCAAGCUUGAGGUUUUUCGGCUUCAAAUAUCCUACACAUUUGCUUGGCAAAGGUGCAUCGCCUCCGCAUCCUUAUAACGCGUUCCCGACGUAUCCCACUCCAACAGCCCCUGCUGGUCUCAUCACUGAUGGACGUCAAGGUGGCCCAAUUGACGAGGAUCUUCGCGUUGCUCAAAUAAUCGAGGACUGUGCGACGCAGAGUGACGUUGUCUGGGGAUUUGCCGAGGUCAAGUACAAACAACUCGUACCAUUAGCUCCAUCGAUGGAACAUGGCCUUGGUGGAAUACCCGCCGAUAGGAUAGCAUCAGAAGAAGAUGACGGCCUUACGGUGGAAGCAAUCGUGGCGCUCUCGGAGGAAGCCCUUGUUCUUUACGUGAAGGCUCUUUCGCUGCUUGCGAAGUCUAUGGACAUCGCAAAUAUCUGGUGGACGCGUAGAAACCGCCUCGAGUCAACAUCUGCACAGCACGUCAUAAAUCGCGACGCGACGAGUAUUCAUAACCUAAUACAGCGGGUGAACUCAGCUGUUCAAUGGGUUCGAAAGCGAUUCAACGAGACUUUAGAAAAGGCAGAAGUGGUACGACUGAAGCUGCUUGAGGCCCAAAAAUUGCUUCCAGAAGAUCACCCUAGCCAUCCUGUAAAUAACCAGCUAGAAGUUGCUCUAGCGGGGACAUCUAGUACCGAAGGCAUUGUGUUGACGGCCGGUCUUAGCGCGGAGAAGUUGAUGUACGAAAGGGCUCUCGAGAUGAGUCGUACCGCCGCCAUCAACGAGAUCGCUAACGAAGAUUUGCCUGGGUGUGAAAUCUCGUAUGUGACUGCCAUUCGCAUGCUAGAGGCGGUGCUGGAUAACGACGAGGAUUUGUCGAAGCGUAGACUUUCGGGAUCUUCGAAGACCGAACGUGACAUAAUGCGGGAAGGUUCAUCGUCCGAAAUCAACUCGGACGAUCAACAAGCCGUUCAUAAGAUGAUCCAAAUGAUCAACGGCAGACUUACGGCUCUUCGAAAGAAAUUGCAGAUGAUAGCAAAUGCCUCGAAGGCGCAACAAACCUUACCCCGAAAACGAAGCGGCGAUGUUGCCCCGCGGAGUGUUCCCAUAGGUGCUUGAUGACACAAAAGGGCACCAUUUCUCACGACGUAUGAUGACACGUAAAAGAUUGCACUACAACUAUUUUCGCCCCGCGGCCUUCAUAAUUUGUUUAUUAACCCUUAUCACUGCCUAUGAUUGGUGGCGGUGAGCUUCAUCGUUCUCGGUUCGGACCAUUAU